UCCACAACAUCCAGCAAGGAGGAGGUGGCAAGGCACUCUAUCAAUUCUGAAGUUGGUUCGGUAUGAAGGAAUAUUCCCUAUUAAAACCAACCGGAAGAAAAUGAAAUGUUUAGAAAUGGCCACACCAUAAAUGACUACCGUCUCGUGGAGCUUCAAGUCUGAGAAACUUAUUUUCAUUCUCGCGUUUAUUUUUCCGUUCCUUGUGACGACAGAGGACUUGUAAUUAGAUUGCGUGGUGGGCCGUAACUACGGGUUAAAAGUAUGUAUUUUUUAAUGAAAUCGCUACCGCUGAACUUCAAGAAGAUGCUGCUAGUCUGUUGAGAUCCAUUUAUUAAACAGGUUGUUACAUAGUCUAAGAAUGACCGUGUGUGUAUUGGGGCAGUAACGUUAACCAUCCCAAGACCACCCUUGUGAAUUUGGUUGAGAAUGAUCAAAUGUAGCCAACGUGUUAUGUGAACUGUUUAAUUUACAAUAAUAAUAAUGCGCGAUUGAUGUUUCAGCUCAUGAGUAAAUGCGGGUAUUUAAUUGUAGUUUAAUAUUAUUGGGUUUAUUUCAAGAAUCGUCUGUCUACUUGUCUAGUGGCUAAAUGGACACAGUGGCGCGAGCAAGCUGCCCUAUUACAGCCUGAUAUACACUUGGACGUUAUUGGGAAUUUUGGAUUAUUCUUCUUUCUUUGUGGGAAUUGCUGGAAAGGCCACUCAUACUAAACUCACAGAAGAUGUCGUCGUUCUUCAAUUUUCGUAAAAUCUUCAAGUUGGGGUCUGAUAAGAAGAAGAAACAGUAUGAGCACGUACACAGAGACGAGAACCCGGAGGAAAUCUGGGAGAUUAUUGGGGAACUGGGAGAUGGGGCCUUUGGGAAAGUAUACAAGGCCCAGAACAAGCAGACUGGGACCCUGGCUGCUGCCAAGGUGAUCGAUACCAAGACAGAGGAGGAGUUGGAGGAUUACAUGGUGGAGAUAGACAUUCUGGCCUCCUGUGAUCACCGUUACAUAGUCAAACUGCUGGAUGCCUUCUAUUAUGAAAGCAAACUGUGGAUUCUGAUUGAGUUCUGUGCGGGAGGUGCUGUCGAUGCAGUCAUGUUGGAGCUUGAGAGGCCUCUGACAGAGCCCCAGAUCCGGGUGGUGUGUAGGCAGACGUUGGAGGCCCUGGCCUACCUUCAUGAGAUCAAGGUCAUCCACAGAGACCUGAAGGCUGGGAACAUCCUUUUCUCACAGGAGGGAGACAUCAAAUUGGCUGACUUUGGCGUGUCCGCUAAGAAUACCAUGACGCUGCAGAGAAGAGAUUCUUUCAUUGGCACUCCAUAUUGGAUGGCUCCAGAGGUGGUGAUGUGUGAGACAUCUAAGGACCGUCCGUACGACUACAAGGCUGACAUCUGGUCCCUGGGGGUCACCCUGAUUGAGCUGGCACAGAUAGAACCUCCUAACCACGAGAUGAACCCCAUGAGAGUCCUGCUGAGAAUAGCCAAGGCCGAUCCGCCCACACUCAUGCAGCCUUCACGCUGGUCACCAGAGUUCAAUGACUUUCUGAGGAAGGCACUGGAUAAGAAUGUGGACCGUAGGUGGUGCACAGCCCAGCUCUUGCAGCAUCCCUUUGUUAGCAGUGUAGUUGACAACAAACCGCUGAGAGAACUGAUUGCUGAGGCCAAUGCUGACGUCUUAGAGGAGAUAGAAGAAGGCAAAGAGGAAGAUGAAGAAGAAGAGACGGAUGCAACUCUGGUGGUGCCCGGACAUAAGCGAGCGCCAUCAGACACCAGCAUGGCCAGCUCUGAGGAUGAGAAGCUCUCUGAGACCACCUCUACACUGGACUCAGUCACAGAGAAGACAGAGCCUGAGACUGCAGAGGACAAGGCCAGUGAUAAGCUGUCUGACGAGGGCCUUGGGACCAGCGUGGGCGACAGGGCAGAGGGUGAGAAACUGAACGAGGUGUCUGAUGCCAGUAAUGAGGACUUAGUCAAUGGACAGGUGAAGGCCAUGGAGCCCAAACCAGAGGAAAGCCCUGCUGGAAAGCCUGAGGAGAUUCCUGACCGUCAGAUCACCAUUGUGCCAGAAGCACCAUCAGACACACAGGAGAGUGUGAUUGUGAGUGAGGAGACAGGGGAAGAGGAGAAAGUAGAGGAUGGACCUCCACAAGUAUUCCUGAAGGAAAGAGUAAAAGUAGAGGAGAAGACAGAGGAGGAGGUGAAGCAGGAACCAAUCAAAGAGGAGCCAGAGGUGAUUCUCCAGCCUCCCACCAAAUUAACAGAUCCAGGGGACCAGCCUAGGAGUGCUUUAGAGGAGCCUGGCGCCGUGUCGACCGAGGUCAAUGCUAAACCAGAGAAGAUUGAGAAGGAGACGCUCAUUGAGAUGGCAGAGGAGGUUAAACCAGAGGCUGAUGGGGUCACAGACAUAAACACAGACGCCGACUUGAAUGAAGACACAGACAACACAGAAUCGGACGUCAACACAGACGCAGAGGUAGACGCAGCUGAGGGCUCCACAGAGGUCUCUGCAGACACAGAAGCCCAAAGAGACAAUAAUGUAAUACCGGUGGUGAUUCUUGAGGAGGGGACCACCGACGAGAGGGAGGAGAAGCCACCAGAUGAGGAAGCUCCAUCCCAGGAUGCUGUUUCGGAGUCAAAGACCGACCAGGAAAGCACUCCUGUUAAGUCGGAGCCAGAUGUGGAGAAGGAUUCUGACUCGGGGAGCAGCUCUGUAGCAGAUAGCAACAGCAUGGACCUCAACCUAUCCAUCUCCAGUUUCCUGUCCAAAAAGGCUGAGGCGGGGUCUGUGUCCAUACAGGACACGAGACGGCAGAAGAAGACUCUGAAGAAGACCCGUAAGUUCAUGGUUGACGGAGUGGAGGUCAGUGUGACCACGUCAAAGAUAGUCACCGAUAACGACACCAAGAACGAGGAGAUGAGAUUCCUGAGGCGCCAGGAGCUGAGAGAGCUGCGUCUGCUGCAGAAGGAGGAGCAUAGAGCCCAGCAGGCGCUCAGCGACAAGCUGCAGCAGCAGAGAGAACAGAUCUACCGCCGCUUCGAGCAGGAGAUGACUGGUAAGAAGCGUCAGUACGACCAGGAGGUGGAGAAUCUGGAGAAGAAACAGAAGCAGACCAUUGAGCGGCUGGAGCAGGACCAUACCAACCGGCUGAGGGACGAGGCAAAACGCAUCAAGGCCGAGCAGGACAAGGAGCUCUCCAAGUUCCAGAACAUGCUCAAGAACCGCAAGAAGGAGGUGAAACAGGAAGUUGAACAGUCACCCAAAUUCAUGAGGAGAGCGCUCAUGAAACUCUUAAAGGAAGAUCUAUCUCUCAUUCAGAUUCCAAAGGGUGUGGCCCAGAUUAUGAUACAGUCUUUUCAGUUGUCCUCAUGUGCUCUCUUCAACGCUCAGAUGCAGGAUGAGCAGGAGUUUCUGCAGAAGCAGCAGCAGGAGUUGGAUGGAGCCCUGAAGAAGAUCAUCCAACAGCACAAACAUGAGAUCGCCACCAUCGAGAGAGACUGCCUCAACCACAAGCAACAGCUUAUGAGAGCUCGAGAGGCAGCCAUGUGGGAGCUGGAAGAGCGCCACCUGCAGGAGAAGCACCAGCUGCUCAAGCAGCAGCUCAAAGACCAGUACUUCAUGCAGAGACACCAGCUGCUCAAGAGACACGAGAAGGAAAUGGAGCAGAUGCAGCGCUACAACCAGCGUCUGAUUGAGGAGAUGAAGAACAGACAGGCCCAGGAGAGAGGUCGUCUGCCGAAGAUCCAGCGGGGUGAUGCCAAGACACGCAUGGCCAUGUUCAAGAAGAGCCUCCGCAUCACCUCUGCACCUGGCACCCCGGAGCAGGAAAGGGAGAAGAUCAAGCAGUUUGCAGCCCAGGAGGAGAAGAGGCAGAAGAACGAGAGACUCCAUCAACAUCAGAAACAUGAGAACCAGAUGAGAGACCUGCAGCUGCAGUGUGACUCCAACAUCAGAGAGCUGCAGCAGCUUCAGAAUGAGAAGUGCCAUCUCCUGAUUGAACAUGAGACUCAGAAGCUGAAGGAGCUCGAUGAAGAGCACAGCCAGGAGCUGCAGGAGUGGAGGGAGAAACUGCGGCCCAGGAAGAAGGCCUUGGAGGAGGAAUUCACACGCAAGCUCCAGGAGCAGGAGGUCUUUUUCAAGAUGAGCGGGGAGUCGGAAUGCCUUAACCCCACGACCCAGAGCCGAGUGUCCAAGUUCUACCCCAUCCCUAGUGUGCACAACUCUGGUUUAUAGCCCUCCCCAGCACAGGAACAUACUGGCUGGGCUCAUAGACUGUGUCCCUCAGCCCUGUUGUUAUCUGGAAACUAGCGUUGGUCUCUAGUGUGAUGUCUUCACACAAGCAUGCACAUACACUAAUGUUCAAAAGUUUGGGGUCACUUAGAAAUGUCCUUGUUUUUGAAAGAAAAUAUUUUUUUUAAAUAUCCAUUAAAAUAACAUCAAAUUGAUCAGAAAUGCAGUGUAGACAUGAAUGUUUUAAAUGACUGUUGUAGCUGGAAAUGGCAGAUUUUUUUUGUAAUGGAAUAUCUACAUAGUCAUACAUUGCCCAUUAUCAGCAACCAUCACUCCUGUGUUUCAAUGGCACAUUGUAUUAGCUAAUCCAAGUAUAUCAUUUUAAAAGACUAAUUGAUAAUAAUGUUAGCACAGCUAAAAACUGUUGUACUGAUUAAAGAAGAAAUAAAACUGGCCUUCUUUAGACUAGUUGAGUAUUUUCAGCAUCAGCAUUUGUGGGUUCGAUUACAGACUCAAAAUUGCCAGAAACAAAGACCUUUCUCCUGAAUCUCGUCAGUCUUUUCUUGUUCUGAGAAAAUUAAGGCUAUUGCAUGUGCGCUGUUCUGUGAAGGGAGUGGUACACAUUGUUGUACGAGAUAUUCAGUUUCUUGGCAAUUUCUGACAUGGAAUAGCCUUCAUUUCGCAAAACAAGAAUAGGCUGCAGUUUCAGAAGGUCUUUGUUUCUGGCCAUUUUGAGCCUGUAAUCAAACCCACAAAUGCUGAUGCUGAAGAUACUCAACUAGUCUAAAGAAGGCCAGUUUUAUUGCUUCUUUAAUCAGUACAAAAGUUUUCAGCUGUGCUAACAUAAUUGCAAAGGGGUUUUCUAAUGAUCAAUUAGCCUUUCAAAAUGAUAAACUUGGAUUAGCUAACACAAUGUGCCAUUGGAACACAGGAGUGAUGGUUGCUGAUAAUGGACCUCUGUACGACUAUGUAGAUAGGUUUCCUGCUACAAUAGUAAUUUACAACAUUAAACAAUGUCUACACUGUAUUUCUGAUCAAUUUGAUGUUAUUUUAAAGGACAGAAAAUGUGCUUUUCUUGAAUAAACAUGGACAUUUCUAAGUGACCCCAAACUUUUGAACAGCAGUGUACAUAUGCAAGAGCACACACUUCUGUCUACACACACACACACAGCAGUGUCAGCUGUCAUAUAGAGGGAUGCAAUCACAAAACUUUCCUUUUCAAGCCUUUAUUUUCUCCUUCUUCCCCCUUACAAUUUCACCCUUCUCAGCUCCAAGGAAAAUGUUGUCAAACGUGACAAUUGCACUUUUCUGAGCAUGGUUAUGUUUUACCACUUUUAAAAUAGCUCAGGCAAAUUUCAAACCAAUUGCAAGUACCAAGUUUAUAAAGAACCCAGUGCCUAAAUGAAUUGACAUAAUGAUCGUGCUUUUCUCCAGACUUGCUCUCUUACCUGCAGCCCAGUGCUCCCCUGAGGCCUUUUGCACUAAAAUGGCUGGAAAUUUGUACAAACCAUGAAAUAUCAUCAAACCUUUAUUUUUUAGUGAUCCAUAUAAGCUAGUGGUUGAGUUCAUUCUAAGGUCGUUGAUUGAUGGAUAUCUGUUGACAAAUAAAAGUCAUUUUUUUGGUCAAUCGUGAAGUGCUCAUUCACGUGAUGUACUAUGUAUGGAGUUGUGAUUUAUUUUAGAUACUGUGCUGUUGAAUCAAUCAAAUCAAACUGUCCUGUAUAUUAGAACCAAUGUUCCCACUUUCUCCCUAUUGUAAUCAGUAGAUAGUCUUUGUUAGACUUCUGGGUUGUCGUCAUGUCAGUCACCUUUCCUGUUAAAAAUCGACACAGCUUAUUGUCUUUUGGUUCUACUUUGAACACAUUAUUUUGGAUGUGGCAGACAUGCACAUUAUUACGCUGAAAGGAAUGUAAGCCGCUGAUCAUUUUUCACUGUUUUAUGUGAACUGAGAAUAUGCAGUAAUGGACUGUUAUGUAUGUACAGUGAGCUCCAAAAGUAUUGGGACAGUGACACAUUUUAAUUUUUUUGCUCUGUACUCCAGCACUUUGGAUUUGAAAUGAUACUUUAACCUUCGAGUCAUUGUACUCUGUAUUUGAAAUGCUACUUUAACCUUCGAGUCAUUGUACUCUGUAUUUGAAAUGCUACUUUAACCUUCGAGUCAUUGUACUCUGUAUUUGAAAUGAUACAGAGCUAAAACAACAAAACGUGUGUCACUGUCCCAAUACUUUUGGAGCUCACUGUGUCUUACAGUCAGUAAAAAAACGAGGGUCCACUUGGAUUAGUUCUAUUUUCAAAUGACUUUUUGCCACCUCUACCCAAAUCUAUUUUAUUUUCAAAUGAACUGAAUCAUUCAAAGCUGUGGCGCCUUGCAUUUUCUUCUGUAUUUAUACUUUUAUUUUCCAUUUGAAAUAUGUCCUUACUAUUUUACUGGGUUGGGGUCAAUUCUAAUUUAAUUUAGAAUUCCAAUAAAUUGUUUGAAUUCACUCAUGAAGUGGAGAAUUGAAUUAAAUUCUCAUUUUUAAAAAAGUCUUCAAGCUAUGGAAUUGAACUGGAAUUAGAUUGUUUGGACUUUUUGAAUUGGAAUUGUAAAACCAGUUAAUAAAGUGAAUGCACAUAGCAUCAAACAUUGAUUGUAUGAUUUGAUUUUAAUCAUUUCAACUUGUAUUUCUAUAUUUCAGGUAUAGCUAGGCUGUCUGAACAGUGAUAUGGUCAGCCUCAAAGUCUGAGGGAACUGAAUUAAAAUUGGAAUUUGUUGAAUUGUUGCGAUAAUAUUGAGUUGAAUGGAAUUAUCUCUGAAAUUAAAGAUUGAUCCGGAACUUGAAUUUAAUUAAAUGGGAUUUACAGGGAGAGCGAUUUGAAUUGAAUUUCUGGAAUUGAUCUCAUCCCUGCUAUUUUAUGAUUACCAGUUUUCUAAAUAUGUAUACAUGUUGUAUCAAUGUACAUCUCAAUAUAGUCUUUGGACAUCGUUUUUGGAUGGACAAUAUGAUAUCUGUAAAUGGAAGUCAUUAUACUGUCCUAAUUAGUUGAUUCAAAUAAGAAUGUAUGUACUGUAUGUAUUUAUAAUAUGGACAAAGUACUGCUGACCCCUUCAAGUGAGUCCCCUAGACAUGAUGGCAAGCGCUCUAUAACAAACAUAUUCUAAUAGCAUGUCAGGGUUUGUGUGUGACGUCCUAAUAAAACAUAGAUGGCAUGCAAAGGGUGAAUGCUGUUAUUUUAUUACAAUGACAUCACGUCUUGAAUUCUGGAUUUGUAUUGGGAUUGUGGGUAAUAUUACCCAUAAUGCACAUUAGGUUCAGGCCAUAGCGCUAGAUGGGGGUUUCAUCCUUGUAUCUGGACCAUUAUAGCAUCUGUGACAGCAUGGGCAGUGCCAUUGAGGCAAUCUCCAUUUUGAAGUAGUCAAUUUUCUUCUUUACGAUUGGCUGAUCACUCCCGAUGACCCGGAUUAGACAUGACUCGAACAAGGCCACCAAGAGGGUUCAGCCACCCAGUUGACUACAUUAAAAUGGUGGAAGCCCUCAAUGGCGCUGCACAUGCUAAUACAGCAUUUUGACCACUAGAGGACUCUGUAAUUCUAUAUGGUUCAGGCAUUAUCAUAUUUCUAUUUUCUUUGUUUUACAAGCAGUUACUUUUUCAAAUACCUACAGGCACAAAACUAUUGCAAGUAAUUGGAUAUUGAAAAUCAACAGGAGUUGAUUUAAUAUAUAGCACGUCAUGAGCCUAUUGUUGCAUUUAGAUAUAAUGUGGGACAUCUUAUCAUCUUGAAUAAACAUAUGCAUUUUUGAGGUCAGGUAAACUGUAUAUAAGAUGUUUGUUAAUGGACAUUUGUGCUGUAAAUAAAACAAUAAUUAUGUUAAA